AUGACCGACAAUACUAUUCAUAUACUCAAUCAAGUGAUCAGUCAAAUAACAUUAUAUGUUCCAUAUUUUACUAUUAUUAUUGGAACCGCGGGUAGUUUUUGUAAUCUUCUUACUUUCACAUCAAGACAAUUACGUAAGAAUGCAUGCGCUUUCUACUUUUUAUGUUCAACAAUAUUUGAUUUGAUUUAUAUAACAUUUGGAGCUUCAACACGUUUAAUAAGCGAUCAUUAUUCAUACGUAUUACCUCGUAGAUCAUCUGUCUUUUGUAAAUGGCGAACAUAUUUGGCCGUUGCUAUACCAGCAUUAGCUACUUUUUUUCUAACACUUGCAUCAAUCGACCGAUGUUUAUUAACAUCACACUCAAGAAAAUGGCGUAAAUUAAGUCAUAUUUCAAUUGCUCGCUAUACUGCAGUUUUAAAUCAUCAAGAUACAACAACUCACAGUACUGUAUUACGUCGAAAUGCGCUCGAACUAUCUGUCUACAAUCGUUAA